AGAGAGAGAGAGAGAGAGACCUACCUACAUGUCACACUGUCCUCAUGGUCACCUACGUCCCUCACAAUUCUGUCUCGCUUUUUAUGUUCCGUCCUGUCUCUGUCUCACUGUUCUAACUCUUACCCCUGCCUCUUGUGCCUAUCUCACUGUUCUAACGCUCACCCCUGCCUCAUGCCCUUGUCUCAUUGUCAGCAUGUUGCCCCUUGCCUCAGUACUCCUGCCCCUUGAGACACACCGCCCAACAAUGUAAAAAUGCGAUUAUUGCCAGUACAUGGGAAGUGCGUCUGAAGGUCACUUGACUGCUCUGUUCCUGAGGGACGUUAUGCUUCUCUACAUGACUAAAACUACGGGAGUCACGCAGUGCUCUGAGACUCAGACUUAGUCACCUCGCCUCCCGUCUGUGGUUGUACUUACUGGUGUAUACUCGUGUUUCAGUACAGGCUGCACUUAUCUUCUGAAUAAUCUAUCUUUAAUUCCUACUCGUCGUAUUUACGCCUUCUUGCUUCUCUCCAGUAACUGUAACUGCAUUUAAUUAGUGAGAACCCUCCAGAUUACCAUGCUUUGUUCCCGUUUUCUCUUUAUUUUACUUCUCGUCCAUCACGUGUUUACCCUUAUCGCCUACUGGCCGCUACGCACUUGCCAUGCACUCACUGCUCUCAGCCUGCACUUUCACCGCCUUAAACAUGGCCUAGGAAGUUCCUUAGAUUCAGAGACCUGCGGCGCUAUCGACCAUCUCAAGUAGUAUAGAUGUCACAAGUGUCACCUUUCGUUAAUGCAUUUAUUGGGCGUCUUUUGUAUUUAACUUCAGAUAUUCUCAUUAUUCUACUGUGAUGGUGAGUGGAUGUCUUUGAAAAACAAGUGUGGUUUGGUCAGUUUCUCACAACGUUUCCUCAGCUCCCUCUCAUCAGCACUCAAUGAAAUGACGCCCCUCUCCCCUCCCGAUGCUCGCGGUAAUGUGUCCUGGUGUGUGUCCCGAGACGCCCUUGCCUCUCCUUCCUCUCUACUGCUGUUCUUAAAGAGGUGUAUUUCCCGCCGGCAUUAUUUCAUCAUCGCCUUCUCUCUACACUUUGUUCUAUCAGCUUUGUUACAGGUUUAUAAAUUUCCUUCACACAGAAUAUCCAAUUAAUCGUUUUGACACGUGUUCAUGUAUUUUUUCUUUUUUUCUUUUGUAUUAUUAUUCAUUUCUUUGUAGUAAGGGAAUAUACCAGUAAUUUAAAUUCUUCUUUCCUUGUUUCUUUUAUUUUGUUUCAUUUUAUUCAUUCAUUAUUAUUUUUAUUAUUUUAUUUAUUUAUACUUUUCAGGAAGAGGCAGCUGGUCGCUCAUCACAGCCGCCUCUGAGUGGAGCACGAAGUGAGGCGAGACUGACGCAACACAUCACAAGAGAAUGGAAUGGGGAAAAGGGAUGAGAAAACAAGGCACUAGCAGGAAGUGCGCGCUGCAUUAGAGUGGAGGUGGAGCCAAAGCAAGCAUUAACACCAAGGGCGGAUUAAUGACGACUGUAUCAGUAUUGUCGAGGAAGAACGAAGCUACAUAGAACACAGCUACUCUGUUCGACCUGUCAGUUAGUGGCGUUGAAAGCUGCAUUGGUGUUGUCAAGGAAGGACGAAGGUACAUAGAAGCAGCACAAGGAUAUUCCAUAGUCUGAAGCGCAAGAACACUGCUACUGCCACCCUGCUGCGUGCAUCCCUCUCCAUAAUGAAAGGUCCAGUCGCUGUUCGUCGCUGUCACCUGCUACCGCUGCUGUGUCUAACCACCGUGCUGCUCUCCUUCGCCCACUUCAUCUAUUGGAAAACUGGAAGCGAUGUCCUGAGACAAGACGACGCCCCGAAACGAAGUGACGCCCUGAAGCAGCACGUAAUGGACACAUGCAAGCAACUCUCUCUGCCAACCAAUCUGAGCGGUGAGACGCUGAGUCACAUGCACUAUGACGACAGCAGGAAGGUGAUAUACUGUUUCAUUCCCAAGGUCGCGUGCACCAGCUGGAAGAGAGUGUGGUUCAAGAUGACGGGAAUGCUGAAGCCAGGGAAAGAUGAAAACUCAUUAGACAGCGCUUCAUUCAGGACGACGGUGCACACCGUGCUUCCUCUGCUAGCGAAUGCCAAGGACAAAGAAGAGAAACUCAGAACCUACAAAAAAUUCAUGCUGGUGCGUCAUCCUGCUGUGCGCGUCCUGUCAGCCUACAGGGACAAGCUGGAGAACGCUGACAAGGUUUCUUUGUAUAACUUCCACAAGAUGAUCGGGAAGAAGAUAGAGAUGAAGUACAGAGGCACCAACGCGGGGAGUGGCCACAACGUCACCUUCCCGGAGUUCAUUCGCUUCAUCUCAGAGCCUGGAGGCGGCACAGCUGAACAGCGGAACGAGCACUGGCUGCCCAUGCACACGCUCUGCAGCCCCUGCUCAGUGCAUUAUGACUUUAUCGGCAAGUUCGAACAUCUAAAGGAGGAUUCGGAGUAUCUGCUCAAGUGGCUCGGGGUGACAGAUUUGAUAAGUGAGUUCCCAGCUGCAGACAGACCCUUCCAAGCGAAAAGUCAUGUCUCCAAAUACUACGGACAACUCAGUGUGAAGGAAACCGUGGCUUUCCAUACCAAAUACAAGUCGGACUUUUUGCUUUUCAAUUAUACUUACAUGUGAAUGACUCAUUAGCGAAGCGUAGUUUACACUUCGGAUUAUUAUACAGUACCUUGUAAAUGUUUUCCUCGCGUGUGUAGUUUGUAGAGACGCAGUAUUACAUAAUAAGUGGCUUGAUUUUGUAGUAGUUUUCUUUAUACGUAGACCAUGAAUGACUCAUUACUAACUCAAGGUGUAAUUGGGGUUUGGGUUUUGUACAGUAGUUGUUCCUUUCACAGCAUGCAGAAUUUGCAGAGACUUCAAAUAAUUGUAGUGUGCGUGCAGAGCGUAGGUAUGUUUUUCUAGUCUGAAUUGCACCAUAAUUUGAAAAUAUUCUUCCUUCUAAAACCGUGACACAGCUUUGUGAAGAUUUGCAAACUUAUGACCGACUGAGUGAGUGGUCUUUUCCAAGCCACAUCAGUGUAGGGCAAAGUGUUGGAGAGAUCUUGGCUAAAACAUGUACACCUCAGUUUUACCAGUCUAUCCCUGCACAUUCGGUUAGCCAGUCUGUCCCUGCGGAUUUUGGGAUUUCUCUCUCUCUCUCUCUCUCUCUCUCUCUCUCUCUCUCUCUCUCUCUCUCUGACAGUGGGAGUCACCUAAGUUUGCGGUGUGAUGCGCUGGACCGUUCUCUCUUAUCCUUAGAAAACGUUUUCCUUAAACUGUCCGUGGCAAACUAACAUAAUUCCCUUUGCAUCAGGCAACCCACCCAGGGACUGAACCUUGGGGAUGAGCCUAAAUCAUCAGUAUUCACUGUGGCGGUGUGACGCCUCAGUCUGUCGUUUGCGUGUGUUUAGUUACUGAUUUAUUACUUGCCAAGUGUUUAUUAGAGUUAGAAGUGGUUUCCUUAAAUGCAGUGAUAGGACGUCAGCCCACGAAUCAUAAGAGCCUAGGUUAUCGUUACCCGACUACCGCGUGAGAGAAGGGUGGUGAUAGCGCAGGAGGGAGAGGAGAGUGUUGUUUCAGUGAAGUGCUCUUGUUCCUGGGAAAUAGACGUGGUACUCAGCAUAUAACCACUUGUUUCCUCAUUUGAUAAGUAUCGUCUACCAAAGAUAAGUUAACCACACUCCCCUGCAGGUUACAGACUAAGGAAAUGCUUAUUGCCUGAGGGAAACACAAAGCUUUACUAGUACGUAAUCGAAGUCGCUUGGUGAAGAAACUCAUUAUAAUUGUACAGAAACAAAAUUAUUAUUCGUAAAUUUCUUAAUAAAUAUAUGAUUGAAUAAAUGAAUAAACAGGUGAAUCAGAAACAA